AUGGGAACUCAUGGGCAGAGGGGGCAUUGGCCCCAUUUGGUUUUUGCUUUGGCCAUUCUUUUCAUUGCAAACAAUGUGUUGGCAUAUUCUCCUUACAUUUAUAGCUCGCCCCCACCACCACACCACCAAACGAAGGUUUCCAAACCCCAACCUUACAAGUACAAGUCUCCUCCACCAAAAUAUAUUGAACAUCCAUCAUAUUAUCACAAAUCCCCACCUCCACCACCACACCACCAAACAAAGGUUUCCAAACCCCAACCUUACAAGUCUCCUCCACCAAAACAUAUUGAAAAUCCAUCAUAUUAUCACAAAUCCCCACCUCCGCCAUCUCCUAAACCGCUACAUUCCUAUGCCUACAAGACUCCACCUCCACCAAAACACAUAGGACAUCCAUCAGACCACCACAAAUCACCUCCAUACAUCUACAAAAAGCCCCCUUCUUUACCAAAACACAUUGAACAUCCAUCAUACUAUUACAAAUCUCCACCACCACCACCUUCAUACAUUUACAAGUCCCCACCACCACCCCCAUACGUCUACAAGUCCCCACCUCCCCCAUCUCCUUCACCACCACCCCCAUACGUCUACAAGUCCCCACCUCCCCCAUCUCCUUCCCCACCACCCCCAUACGUCUACAAGUCCCCACCUCCCCCAUCUCCUUCCCCACCACCCCCAUACAUCUACAAGUCCCCACCUCCCCCAUCUCCUUCACCACCACCCCCAUACGUCUACAAGUCCCCACCUCCCCCAUCUCCUUCCCCACCACCCCCAUACGUCUACAAGUCCCCACCUCCACCAUCUCCUUCACCACCACCCCCAUACCUCUACAAGUCCCCACCUCCCCCAUACCUCUACAAAUCCCCACCUCCCCCAUCUCCUUCACCACCACCCUCAUACGUCUACAAGUCCCCACCUCCACCAUCUCUUUCACCACUACCCUCAUACGUCUACAAGUCCCCACCUCUGUCAUCACCUACACCACCAUCCCCAUACAUUUAUAAGUCUCCACCCCCAUACAUGUAUAGGUCUCCCCUACCACAAUCUCUUUCACCACCACCCUCAUAUGUCUAUAAGUCUCCACCUCCACCAUCUCCUUUAGCACCACCCUCAUACUUCUACAAGUCCCCACCUCCACCAUCUCCUUCACCACCACCCCCAUAUGUUUACAAGUCCCCACCUCCGCCAUCUCUUUCACCACCACCCCCAUACGUUUACAAGUCCCCACCUCUGUCAUCACUUUCACCACCAUCCCCAUACAUUUAUAAGUCUCCACCCUCAUACAUGUAUAAGUCUCCCCCACCACCAUCCCCAUAUGUGUACAAGUCUCCACCUCAACCUUCUCCUUCACCACCACCUCUAUACGUCUACAAGUCCCCACCUCUACCAUGCCUUUCACCACCACACCUAUACGUCUACAAGUCCCCACCUCCACCGUCUCCUUCACAACCACCUCCAUACGUGUACAAGUCUCCACCACCACCAUCUCUUUCACCACCACCUCCAUAUGUCUACAAGUCUCCCCCUCCGCCAUCUCUUUCACCACCACCCCCAUAUGUCUAUAAAUCCCCACCUCCGCCAUCUCCUUCACCAUCACCCUCAUACCUCUAUAAAUCCCCACCUCCGCCAUCUCUUUCACCACCAUCCCCAUAUCUCUACAAGUCCCCACCUCUACCAUCUCCUUCACCACCACCCCCAUACGUGCAUAAGUCUCCCCCACCACCAUCUCCUUUACCACCACCCCCAUAUGUCUACAAGUCUCCCUCUCCACCCUCUUCUUCACCACCACCCCUGUACAUAUACAAGUCCCCACCUCCACCAUCUCCUUCACCACCACCCCCAUACGUCUACAGGUCCCCACCUCCACCAUCUCCUUCACCACCACCCCCAUACAUCUACAAGUCCCCACCUCUACCAUCUCAUUUACCACCACCUUCAUACGUCUAUAAGUCCCCACCUCCGCCAUCACCUUCACUACCAUCCCCAUACAUUUAUAAGUCCCCACCUCCGCCAUCUCCUUCCCCACCACCCCUAUAUGUCUACAAAUCCCCACCUCCCCCAUCUCCUUCACCACCACCCCCAUACGUCUAUAAGUCCCCACCUCCACCAUCUCCUUCACCACCUUCUUCAUACAUCUACAAAUCCCCUCCAUCACCAAUUAAGAAAGUUGUACCAUGGUAUCCAAGGUACACCUAUAAAUCACCCCCACCUCCAACAGGCUACUAA